AUGGCGGUAUCCAAUCACUCGCUGAAAUUGAAACUGAUGAAGUUGGUCAAUGGCGAAGAUUGGUUGCAUGGAGAGGUAGCAUGGGUGUCCAGUCACGACACAGUGCGUGAUAUUUGUGCGAAGUAUCUGCCACCAUUGGGCUUGAACCAACAGUACAAGGCUUUGUACAGAACCCGGGCGCUUGAUGCGCAUCAGGUUUGCGGUCUCUUGGAUGGCUAUAGAUCUGAUGACGCUAUUGUGUUGCAUGUUGGGCUGCAGAAAUUCACCGAGGAGUUCGACAAUGCAUUGAGGGAGUCGAUUCGGCAUGAAAGGGAGGAGGUAGUGCAGCAACUGCUCGAAGAGGAUAAACAAGUCAUUCGAAGCUGGCACUGGGAAGAAGCAAUGCAAAUGAAGAACAAGUUUGUACUCCACUGCUUGGUGCACAAUGCAACCGAUUCGGAAAGCGGGUUGUGUAUGGCAGUGAAAAAAGGCCUUCAGCUGCAUGUGCGUACACUCAUCGAAGCCAAAGCACCAGUGAACUGCACAGACAGCAGGCAAUAUAGUCCCCUGCAUAUCGCCGCAUCCCUUAACAAUAAGGACAUGUUCAAAAUGCUUCUUCAACUCCGAGCCGAUCCACUUCUCAGAACCUAUGCGGACACGCCACUACACAGCGUUGUUGUGCGAGGCCGUGAAGACAUGCUUCGCCUCCUAGUAGACAACAAUUCUGACGCAGACCAGUUAAAAAAAGAGCUGUCCCGAGCCUUGCAUACGGCAGGAUCCAAAUUUUGUUACAGCCUCAUCAUGGUAAAGCAAUUGCUGGAGGCACGAGCAGAUGUAAAUGGCAAGCAGGAUGGCAACACACUGCUGCAGAGAGCGGUUCUGGCUGGCAACAGCGAGCUGGCAUCCUGCCUGCUAGCGGGAGGGGCAGACCCUGACGCGGUAGACAAGGCGUCCUUGCUCUACGAAGUGUCAAAACGUGACAUGAUGCCACAGCUGCGACAGCUCUUGGACAGCAAGGCUGAUGUGAACAUCCAAAACCCCCAAGAUGGGGCACGGCCCUUGCAUGGGGCAGUGCUGAGCGAUGCUAAAGACGUUGCGGCCUGCUUACUGGAAGCCAGAGCAGAUAUCAACGUGGAACACAGCCAGAAAUCACUCUUGUAUUUGGCAGCUGAAAUGGGCUCUGAGAAGGUGCUCCCAGUUCUUCUGGAGCAUGGUGCUGUGGCCCCUGAAAGCUUCUCGGGCAGUCCGCUUCAAGUUGCAAUGCAGCGCAACCGGACCGGCAUCAUGAAGGCCCUCGUUGAGAAGCGACCCUUAGCCCACCAGGCUAUGCAAGCAGCUUUGCAGAGCCAGUACCAUCCUGCUGUGAUCCGCUUCCUGAAUUCAUGCAUGGAAGCAAGUUCUUGCGAAUGUAAAGAGUGA